UUUCUAUCUGUAGAACGGACUCAUGUCGUAAAGAUGUCAGUAGGGCUCAAUGUAAUUGAAACUACAUGGUUGUUAUUAGGAAUAUUAUUUUUCUUGGCUGUAUCAAUCCACACGAUUUCGCUUUACUUGCCUUAUGAAUGUGAGAAAUUUCAAGCUUUCAUUUUAUUUCAAGACCUAAUCCGAUACGGUAAAACUAAGAAAAGUAAACGCGACACCUGGCUGCGUGUGUUUGACAUCCCAAAAAGAUGGUUCUGGCACUUCUAUGCAGUGUCUGUUCUCUGGAACGGAUUGCUUGUGGUCGUAUCCCUUCGUGCCAUCCAGUGGGACGAGCCAUACCCACCAUGGUUGACUGACACACUGAGCUUUCUGGCAGGAUCAUCGGCGACUCACGGCCAAGCUCCACAUGUGUGCAGCGUGGCGGUGCAAGUGCUGGUGUGGAUUCACUGCCUCAGAAGACUGGCGGAGUGUCUGUAUGUCAGCGUGUUUUCUGAUGGUGUCAUUCACGUGGUCCAGUAUGUGUUUGGCCUGGGAUACUACAUCCUGCUGGGACUGACUGUACUGUGCUGGGAUCGAAACACCGAAGGGAAAGGGUGUAUGGUUUCAUUAGAAGGUCCUGUGCCUCCGGUGUUAACCCAGCUGGGUGUGGUCCAGGCGGCUGGAGUGCUGCUGUUCGCCUGGGCCUCCCUGCUCCAGCACCGCUCCCUGAUCACUCUAGCUCACCUGCGGACUGGGGCUUCAGGUGCAGUGGAGACUCUGGCCCACCGGGUUCCCAGCGGGGGAUGGUUCGAGCUGGUCUCUUGCCCCCACUACCUGGCAGAGCUGCUUAUCUAUGCGUCUCUGAGCCUGGUGUCUGGAGGUGUUUCUCUCACCUGGUGGCUGGUCGUUCUCUACGUCCUCUUCAACCAGAUGCUGGCUGCCCUGCUGUGUCAUCAGUUCUACAGGAGCAAGUUUGAGUCAUACCCACAGCAUCGUAAAGCACUGAUACCAUUUAUAUUGUGAUUUUUGUUUUGUGUGUUGUAUAAAUCAUUCUCUUUGAUCAUUGAUAAACAAAGCUGUUUCUAAAAUACGGACUGCAUUACUCAAGGGACAGGGUCGUGCAAUUAUACCUGGACCUAUACAUGCUGUGAAUAUCACAUGUUCCACGUAACAAUGACAAAAAUAAAAGAUACAUUAUUGUAUGUUU